AAGUUUUCUUGGCGAGUUGUCAGUUUGGAUCGGCUUGUAAAAAUUAGGUUAAGUGCAAUUACAAAUGACGAUUGGUUACAGUAAUUCAAUAAUGAACAGCCAAGAAGGUGAUAUUUUGGCAGAUGUUAUAUUUGUUAUAGAGGGCACAGCAUUCAAUGGAGGAUACUUUAAUGAUUUACGAAAUAACUAUAUAAUUCCUACUAUGGACUAUUUUAGUCCGGGAUUAGAAGAAAUUGAUUAUGUUCCUGAAGGUACAAAUACAUUGUAUGGGAUUGUCUUAUACCAAGCAUCAGAUUGUAUGCCUUUUCCCAACUGCCAAACUUAUGGGCCAUUUUCAAAUCCUCAAAAAAUGUUACAUACUUUAGAUAAAUUAGAGUUAAUUGGAGGCAAAGGAGAGUCUUGUGCCCAUAUAGCCGAGGGUUUAGCUACUGCUUUGAUGUGCUUUGAAGAAUUACAAUUAAAAAGAGAUAACAAUACUUUAGCCCAAAAACACUGCAUUUUGAUAUGUAAUUCUCCACCGUAUUUAGUUCCAGUUACGGAAUGCUAUAGCUAUGCUAACAAAACUGUUGAUCAGUUGGCAAUAAUAUUACAAGAGAAAAGUAUACAUUUGUCUAUUAUAUCACCUCGUAAAUUAGUAACAUUAUUGAAAAUAUUUGAAAAAGCUGGUGGAGAUUUAUCGACCUUACAGACAAAAAAUUAUGCUAAAGAUCCUCGUCAUUUAGUAUUACUAAAGGGUUAUAGUUUGAAAGAAAGGCCUAUAAACGAAAAUAUUCACCAGACCACUAUAAAUAUGAAUCCCACAUUGCUCUCACCACUUUCUACUAUUGAUAGUCCAAAACCAAGUAGUGUACAACCAAUAGUACCUAUGAAUUCUACUACAUCCGGCCAAUUUAGACCAAAUCAAAAUUCUGGUAUGCCAUCAAAUACACCUAUGAUCGGCAAUAAUUUAAAUCAAAUUCGUCAAGUGAAUCAUAUCAAUGGGCAAUUUCCAAAUCAGUCUCAAAUGUGUGGUUCAUCUUAUCUGUCAUCUAAUCCAAUGCAAAGAGGUCCGAACCCCAGAGCAUGGAUGAUGCCUCCACAACAAAGACCACCAUAUAUGAAUAAUCAAGCAUUGGGACAAAAUAGUGCUCUAAUUAGUCAACUGACAACGCCUUCUCACACAAUUCAAUGUGGUGGCACGCAAGGAAAUAUGAUGCAAAAUUUUCAGGGCACAGCUGCUGGUAAUAUAAAUACUCCAUCGCAGCAACAAACUUUAUCUCAACCAAAUGCAGUUCAAAAUUCAAUUAGAGAAAGACACACAAUUUGGCAUGGUCUUCUUGAAUGGAUUGAAAAAGCCAAGACUCCAAGUGAUCAGCAGAAACAUACUAAACAUGUACCUUGCACAGUUUCUGCUAAUUCCAAGGAUGGCGAACCAGAAUUGAAAGCUGAAUCAUGGCCUCCUAAAUUAAUAAUGCAGUUGAUGCCAAAACAAUUAAUUAGCAAUAUUGGAGGACAAUAUUUAAAGGACUCUAAAUCAGUAUUAUUUCACCCACAAGCCUGUGAUGCUCUGGAAUCAUUGACUAAAGUUAUGAGUUCUGGCUUUGCAGGAUGUGUUCAUUUUACUGCUAUGGCACCUGGAGUGUGUGAUAUUAAAGUGCUUAUAUUAUUGUACACAGCAGAAAAAAAAGCCUACUUAGGAUUUAUUCCAAAUAAUCAAAAUGCUUUUGUUGACAGAUUGCGAAGAGUAAUACAACAGCAAAAACAAUCUCAGGUAUUAAUGAGGCAAGGCCAGGCACCCCCAGGCUCACAGGGUAAUAUGAGUUCUACUCCAGGUGUCCCUUCACCUGGUCAGUUAGGUAGUGCUACAAUGAAUAGUUCGGGAAACAGACAAGCAACAUCUUCACAACCAAAUUCACAGAGUGGUAUUAUGUUGUCUCAGACAAAUACUAUGACAAUGGGGGGUGGACAAAUAACGCAAAAUGUUGUUCCAACUUCCACAACAAAUGUUAAUAAUGGUCCACGUAUUGGAUUAAUGCAACCAGGGGCGAAUAACAUGAGUGGUCAAAACCAAAAUAAUAUUAGAGGCGCACAAAAUAUGAUGGGCGGACCAUCUCAGAGACCUCCAUUUGAUCACAUAGAAGCAGCAAGGCAACAAAAUUUAGAAAAAAUUCUGCAGUUAAAACAAACCUUGGAAGCUGCUCAACAAGCAGAAGCGCAAUAUAAAAGUCAAUUGGAAAUAUAUAGCCAUGUACAACAAAUUCAAGAAAGUCUUCAAACUGCACAGCACAAGGAAGCUCAAUAUAAACAACAGAUUGAUCAAGAGCAGAGAAAACAGUUGCAAGCACAAUUACAGCAAAUGCAACAACGAGGCAUGAAUGUUCCGCAAGGUGGUACUGGAUCCAUAACAAAUUCAAUGACUGGUCAAACAAACAUUUCCAGCGGCAUGCCAGGUACAGGAAUGUGAGUUCUCAAUAAUUAAUUGAAUAGGUAAUGUGAAAUAUUUUUAAAUGAAUCUGUAGUCUGAACAAUAUUUAAAGAUUAAUGUUAUUAGUUAUGAUGAGUGGUGGGAAUAAAUUGUAAAUAUUUUUAUUGUGGAAA